CCUACACAGCGACAUAAAAUAUUGAUAUCGACUUUAAGAGUAUCCGGUUUUCUUAUACGAUUACAUAGCGAUGGGAAUUAACUAAAUUUGCUAAUUGGUUGUUUUUCAUAUUCUUCAUUCGUUAGUGGAAAAUCAGCAGUUUUAGUCGUGUGAAGUUUUCAAGGAAUAUAUAUGAUAACGAAUAAACUAUUAAAUUUGCAUACACAAGACAUGAAAAUCACUUGCGAACAUAAUAUUUCGACCAUUCAAGAAACUAAUAAAAAAAAUGGAAAUUUGUUGAAAGAAUCAUCAAACCCUGAAACAAAUAUAUGGGAAGCUCCAUUAGCUCAAGGAUUGUACGACCCUCAGAACGAACAUGAGGCAUGUGGUGUUGGUUUUAUCGUUUCUAUUGAUGGAACUCAGUCGCAUAAGAUUUUACGAGAUGCGCAGACUUUGUCCGAACGGAUGAAUCACCGUGGCGCUUGCGCAUGCGAUAAUGACACUGGUGAUGGAGCAGGAGUGAAGACGUCAAUACCGCAUAGUUUAUAUGCCAAAGAACUGUCCGCCGUCGGUGUAACUUUACCUGCGUUCGGCAAUUAUGCAACAGGCAUUAUUUACUGCGACGAAAAAACCUACUCUGAGGUAGAAACUGAUUUUGCUAAAUUAGCAGAAGAACUGAAGCUUAAAGUUUUGGCGUGGCGCACUGUUCCUACAAACAAAGAUGCUAUUGGAGUCGUCGCACGGAAAUCGGAACCACUUUCGCGACAAGUGUUUGUCGGUUGUUCUUCAGAUUUAAGUCAAGAGGCUUUCGAUCGUCAAAUUUACGUGCUUCGCAAACGUUCUAGUCAUGAAUUAAUUAAAGAAGGGCGCCGUUUCUAUAUUUGCUCAUUAUGUUCCAAAACUGUGGUUUAUAAAGGGUUGUUCACUUCUGAUCAGUUGUGGGAAUAUUAUACCGAUCUCCAAGAUCCGAAUUUCGAAACUUAUUUGGCCUUGGUUCAUACUCGAUUUUCCACGAAUACAUUUCCGUCCUGGGAACGUGCUCAUCCUUUACGUGUCAUUGCGCACAACGGAGAAAUAAAUACUUUGCGAGGAAAUGUAAAUUUAAUGAAGGCUCGUGAGGGUGUUAUGCAGAGUGAGCUUUUUGGGGAGGAUCUCAAAAAACUGUACCCUGUAGUUGAACCAAAUCUAUCGGAUUCAGGCUCAUUUGAUUGCGUUCUUGAAUUUCUUACGAUGGCCAGCAGACGUUCUUUACCAGAGGCUGUAAUGACAAUGGUUCCUGAAGCCUGGCAAAAUGAUAAGACCAUGCCGCAGGAAAAAAGAGACUUUUACCAAUGGUCAUCUUGUGUAAUGGAGCCGUGGGAUGGUCCUGCUUUAAUUUCGUUUACCGAUGGUCGGUAUAUUGGAGCUGUACUCGAUCGAAAUGGAUUGCGUCCAUCACGUUUUUAUGUGACAAAUGAAAAUGUACUUGUAAUGGCAUCAGAAGUGGGCGUUUAUGAUGUUGAUGCAUCAAAGGUAGUUUUGAAAAGUCGUUUGAAACCAGGUCGAAUGCUGUUAGUUGACACCAAAGAAAAAAAGCUUAUACAGGAUGUGGAAUUAAAACAGCACAUCGCUAGAUCUCGACCACAUUCAGAGUGGCUUCAGCAAAAGAUAACUAUUGAUGAAAUACGCAAUGCGAACAUAUUACAAGAUGAUUCAGUCGACAAUAAAUCUGUUAUAAACCCACUGACAAACUACCCGUUGGACCCUAGGCUUCUUCUUUUUGGAUACACAACCGAAACUGUUAAUAUGCUUCUUGUACCUAUGUUCAGUACUAGAAAAGAAGCUCUUGGCUCGAUGGGAAACGACGCCCCACUAGCAUGUUUAUCUGCUUUCCAACCGUUGCCAUACGAAUACUUCAAACAAUUGUUUGCACAAGUAACCAAUCCACCCAUCGAUCCAUUUCGUGAAAAGGUUGUAAUGUCCAUGCAAUGCCCUAUAGGACCCGAAGCAAAUUUACUUCAACCAUCAAACCAACAAGUCCAUCGAAUAUGGUUGCCGAAUCCAAUUCUAAGUAUUCCUGAUAUCAAUUUGUUGAAGCGAAACUCUCAUAGGGGAUGGAAAACAAAGGUCUUGGACAUUACGUUUAGAUUUGAAGAUGGAAUUAAAGGCUAUAUUGACUGCAUUGACGAUAUUUGUCGGCAGGGUUACCGCGCUGCAUCUUCUGGUUAUCAGUUGCUCGUUAUUUCUGAUCGGAAUGCUGGGCAUGGUAAAGUACCUGUAUCAGCUUUACUUGCUUUGGGUGCAUUACAUCAUUAUCUAAUUGAAACUUUGCAACGUAUGAAAGUUGGUAUUAUAGUAGAGACAGCUGAGGCACGAGAAGUGCACCAUAUUUGUGUAUUACUUGGCUAUGGUGCAGAUGCUAUAUGUCCCUAUUUGGCUUUUGAGCUAGCACAGGCAUUACGUGAUGAUUGCGUCAUUAGUCCUGAUGUAAGUGACAAACAAAUUUAUGGUGCCUAUGCCCAGGCUAUAGAGACGGGAGUGGCAAAAGUAAUGGCCAAAAUGGGCAUUAGUACAUUACAAUCGUACAAGAGUGCUCAAAUAUUUGAAGCUGUAGGAAUAGGUGCAGAGCUCAUAAAUAAAUGCUUCCGAGGAACUGCGAGUAGGAUCGGAGGUAUUGGUUUGGAAAUGGUAGCAAAGGAAGCUUUGGAGCGAUACAAUAUGGCAUAUGGCAGUACGUUGUGUGACACUCGUAUCCUGCGAAAUCCUGGCAAUUAUCAUUGGCGUAAUGGAGGCGAGGCUCAUAUAAAUGAACCUGCCUCUAUUGCAAGCCUUCAGGAAGCGACAAUAAAUAAAAAUUGGGACUCUUUUGAGGCAUUUAAAGCAACAACGUUAGACAGUGUAAAGAAAUGCACACUUAGAGGUCAACUUGAAUUCAUUACCGAUCGAAAGCCAAUAGAUAUAUCCGAAGUGGAGGAAGCAUCAGAAAUUGUGAAACGGUUCGUUACUGGCGCUAUGAGUUUUGGCAGCAUUUCUCUUGAAGCACAUCAAACUUUAGCUAUUACAAUGAACCGCAUUGGAGGAAAAAGUAAUACCGGCGAAGGUGGCGAAAAUGCAGAUCGGUACUUAGAAAAAGACCCACAAAAUAGUAGGAGAUCGGCCAUUAAGCAAAUAGCAUCAGGUCGUUUUGGAGUAACGGCAGCAUAUCUGGCAAAUGCGGACGACCUACAAAUUAAAAUGGCCCAGGGUGCAAAACCUGGAGAAGGUGGGGAACUCCCUGGAUAUAAAGUUACGAAGGAAAUUGCAGAAACUCGGCAUUCCGUGCCUGGUGUGGGCCUUAUUUCACCACCACCACAUCAUGACAUUUAUUCAAUUGAAGAUUUAGCAGAGCUUAUAUAUGACUUAAAAUGCUCAAAUCCGAAUGCAAGAAUAAGCGUUAAGUUGGUUUCCGAAGUCGGAGUUGGAGUAGUAGCAUCCGGGGUUGCUAAGGGUAAAGCAGAACAUAUUGUUAUAUCAGGACAUGACGGCGGAACAGGAGCAAGCUCUUGGACUGGUAUUAAGCAUGCUGGACUACCAUGGGAAUUGGGUGUGGCCGAAACGCAUCAAGUUCUUGUUUUAAACAAUCUGCGUUCAAGGGUUAUACUUCAAGCUGAUGGUCAGUUGCGUACCGGCUUUGACGUUGUGGUGGCGGCGUUACUUGGUGCUGAUGAAUUCGGUUUCAGUACAGCUCCUUUAAUUGUUAUGGGAUGCACUAUGAUGAGAAAAUGUCAUUUAAAUACAUGCCCAGUAGGCAUCGCAACACAAGAUCCAGUACUCCGCCAAAAGUUUACCGGAAAGCCCGAACAUGUGAUUAAUUUCUUCUUCAUGUUAGCAGAAGACAUUCGUAAGAUCAUGGCUAAUUUGGGAAUUCGUCGAUUCCAAGAUUUAAUUGGACGUACUGAUUUACUUCAAGUAAUCAAAAAAGGAAAUAAUAAACCUGAUUACCUAGAUCUAUCCCUACUAUUGAAAAACGCUUUAGAACUACGGCCCGGAGUAAACAUAGUAGGAGGUUCUGUAAGCCAAAAUUUCCAGCUGGAAAAAAGGGCUGACAAUAAGCUUAUUGAAAUGGCACAAAACGUUAUAAACGGCUCAGAAGAUAAAAUUAAUAUCAAAAUGCGUAUAAACAACGAGGAGCGUGCUUUCGGUUCCACGCUUAGUUAUCAUAUAGCUUGCAAAUAUGGAGAGGAUGGUCUCCCACUUGGCAAAAGCAUCGACAUAUCGUUGGAAGGAUCUGCUGGACAAAGUUUUUGCGCAUUUCUAUCGACCGGCGUAAAUGUCACAUUAAAAGGUGAUGCUAAUGAUUAUGUUGGCAAAGGUCUAUGUGGUGGCAGCGUCGUAAUAGUUCCUCCUGACAAUUCAGUAUUUGAAUCGCAUUUAAAUGUAAUAGUGGGCAACGUUUGCUUGUAUGGUGCAACAAAAGGCACUGCUUAUUUCCGAGGUAUAGCGGCUGAACGCUUUUGUGUAAGGAAUUCUGGGGUUACAGCUGUUGUCGAGGGCGUUGGAGACCAUGGAUGUGAAUACAUGACCGGGGGUGUGGUACUUAUUCUAGGAUUGACGGGUCGAAAUUUCGCCGCGGGAAUGUCUGGUGGAAUAGCUUACGUUUAUGACGUUGAUGGCUCUUUUAAAAGCAAAGUGAAUCCAGAGUCUGUUGAGAUGCUUCCAUUGGAACUUGAGACAGAUAUAACUCUUAUUAAGAGUCUUCUGGAAGAUUUUAUAAAUAAAACAAAUUCAAAAGUGGCAAAAGAAGUAUUCGUCAAUUGGACUGAAAGUCAGAGCAAAUUUGUGAAAGUAUUCCCAUACGAAUAUCAAAAAGCCUUACGAGAACUGGAAAACACUCCAAUUUCUAAUACAAAUGAAAUCAAGCCUGCUAAAUCGCCCGCGGCUGUUGAACCGGUCAUUAAAGAUAUAGAAGAAACACUACUAAUAAAAGAUGGCACGCAAGAUAUGCCUUUAAAGCAGCCUUUGGAUAAAAUCCGAGGUUUCAUUAAAUACAAACGAGAGGCAAAUAUGUACCGCAACGCUAAUGCGCGGCAAGAAGAUUGGGAUGAAGUUUAUAAUUUCCAAAAUAUUCGUAAAAAUUUGAAAUCACAGGCUGCACGGUGUAUGGAAUGUGGUGUUCCUUUUUGUCAAUCGAAUGCUCAUGGUUGUCCUUUGGGAAAUAUCAUUCCUAAGUGGAAUGAUCUUGUUUUUAAAGACAACUGGCAAGAAGCUUUACAACAACUUUUGCAAACGAAUAAUUUUCCUGAGUUUACUGGUCGAGUCUGUCCAGCACCUUGUGAAGGGGCCUGUGUCUUAGGCAUAUCGGAGCCAGCAGUGACUAUCAAAAAUAUUGAAUGUGCCAUUAUUGAUCAUGCAUUUGAGCAAGGUUGGAUGAAACCUGACAUUCCUAGUAUACGUACGGGAAAACGUGUAGCAAUUGUAGGAUCUGGACCUUCUGGUUUAGCCGCCGCAUGUCAAUUGAAUCGAGCAGGUCAUUUCGUUACUGUUUUUGAAAGAAAUGAUAGGCCUGGCGGUUUGUUGCAGUACGGUAUUCCGACUAUGAAAUUAUCUAAAGCAGUAGUGAAACGCCGUAUUGAUCUGAUGGCUGAUGAAGGAAUAGAGUUCCGAACGAAAGCGUAUAUUGGCAAAGAUAUAAAAGCAACAACGUUACUAGAAGAGUAUGAUGCAUUACUACUUUCAACUGGUUCCACUUCUCCGCGAGACUUAAAUCUAGUAAACAGGGAUUUAAACGGAAUACAUUUUGCUAUGGAAUUUCUUGAAGCCCAACAAAAGAAACAGCUCGGUGGUCAAAAUGACAUAAUAUCAGCUAAAGAUAAACAUGUAAUAAUAAUCGGUGGUGGCGACACUGGCUGCGAUUGUAUGGCCACGGCUUUACGACAAGGUGCCAAAAGUAUUACCACUUUUGAAAUAUUGCCUGAACCACCCAAAAAUCGCGCUAACGACAACCCGUGGCCACAAUGGCCUAAAGUAUUCAGAGUUGAUUAUGGGCAUGAAGAAGUGCGUGUGAAAUUCGGUCGCGAUCCACGUCAGUACUGCACGACAACAAAAGAAUUGAUAGCAGAAAAUGGCAGCAUAAAAGCUAUAAAUACUAUUGAGGUUGAAUGGACGAAAAAUGCCAAAGGACAAUGGUCAAUGUCUGAAGUACCUGGUAGCGAGAAGUAUUACCCUGCAGAUCUAGUUUUACUGGCAAUGGGCUUCUUAGGCCCUGAAAAAACUGUACCGGAAGAACUUGGGCUUGACCUUGAUGGUCGUGGAAACAUUAAAGCUAGCAAUGGACAAUUCGGAACCUCUAACUCUAAAGUUUUUGCCGCUGGUGAUUGCCGAAGGGGCCAAUCUUUGGUCGUCUGGGCCAUUACUGAGGGACGACAAGCUGCACGGCAAAUUGAUACUUAUCUGAUGGGUUCUCCCAGCAGUCUACCCGGUCCUGGAGGUGUUAUAGACAUAACUCGCAAGAUCUAAGAAAAUAUGUUAAAUAUGAUUGUGUCGUUUAUUUUUAAGUUCCAAGAAGUCAGUGUAUUCAGCAGUAUAUAUAUAAUUUUCACAAGGAAAAUAUUAUAUAUAAAUAUAUAUAUAUAUAUAUAUUUAGCGCACGGAGGCUUGCGUUUAAAUGUAAGAUAAAAAUAUAAUUGUGAAUCAUUAUCUGUAAUUACAGAGUAAAACAUAAUUUGAUAAUAAACCAAAAUGUUACAGCUUUAACAAGCAUUGCGUUGAAAACUA